AUGAUUUGUAACACGAUACAAUAAAAUCACAAUAUUAAUCACUCUAGUUCCUCUGAAGAACUUUCAAAUGAUAAAAAAGGUGGACUAACAGGAUAUUUGAGUUCUGCAAAUGAUUUAUUUAGAGAGGAAUGCAAAAACAAACGAUUAAGAUAGAGCGCCAAAAAAUCAAGAUUGAGGAAGAAGGUUUAUUGA